GAAAAUAAUAACAAACGCGAACAAAAGAAUUCUCGAAGAAAAAAAACAGGGGAAAAAGUCGUCAUCAUCUCGUAAAUUUGUGCUCGGACGCGCGGGGGUCUUUGUUACGGCUACGGCUGCUGCGACGCGCUUCCUCUGCACCGAAUGGGUGCAUCGUAGUCAGCUCGUCAUAGUACCGAACGUUGUGGGGGGGCCUUCGCUGGAAUCGUUUUCCGCAGUCCGGGGGAUGAUGCGAGAGUGACGACGUAGAAGCCCCGUCUGUGUUCUGCCCUUCCGUUUCAGCGCUACAUCCUGUGGGGGAAUCUCGAACGCAUCGACCCCCGACCCACAACGAACUGCUAGGAGUCGUCCGUAAACUGAAUGCGCUUAUCUGUUCCGACGGUGAGCAGCAACAGCGGAACGCGAUAACAUGGACAUGCUGGACGCAUAUGUUGGCUACGAUCUUGGUAGUGGCUCCGAACCGGAUGACAUUCCGAGGACGGAUGAAACGGUUUGGAUUCUUGGCAAGCAGUAUCACGCCACCGAUGAUAUUGAGGCGAUACGGCAGGAUGUGCAAUCACGGCUCUGGUGUACCUAUCGGCGGGGUUUCGUACCGAUCGGUAACACACAGUUAACCACCGAUAAGGGGUGGGGUUGUAUGUUGCGUUGCGGCCAAAUGGUACUGGCCGAGGCACUGACUGAGCUACAUCUGGGACGAGACUGGCAGUGGAGCGAGGAGACACGGGAUGCCACGUAUCUGAAAAUCGUAAAUCGAUUCGAGGACAACAAGCAGGCACCAUUCUCGCUGCAUCAGAUCGCACUGAUGGGUGAUUCGUCCGAGGAGAAGCGGAUCGGCGAGUGGUUCGGACCGAAUACAGUGGCACAGGUGCUGAAGAAACUGGUCAAGUUCGACGAUUGGUGUAGAUUAGUGAUACACGUUGCGCUAGACAAUACCUUAGCAACCGAUGAAAUAGUGGAACUGUGUACCGAACAGAAGCCUGGUUCGGAUCCAAGAUGGCAACCACUGCUACUGAUCAUCCCGCUGCGGUUGGGACUCAGCGAAGUGAAUCCGAUCUACAUCGAAGGACUGAAAAAGUGUUUCCAGCUACCCGGUAGCUGCGGCAUGAUCGGUGGCCGUCCCAAUCAAGCACUCUACUUUAUCGGGUACGUUGGCGAGGAGGCACUCUACCUCGAUCCGCACACGGUACAACGGGUGGGUUGCAUCGGCGAAAAGCUGGAGCCGGCCGAACAGGAGCAGGAUGUGACGUUUCACCAGAGGCACGCCAGUCGUAUCGCGUUCGCAUCGAUGGAUCCAUCGCUGGCAGUGUGCUUUUUGUGCUGCAGUCGGGCCCAGUUCGAUCAACUGGUGGCUCACUUCAACGAACGGUUGAACGGUGGUGGCAGCCAGCCCCUGUUUGAGGUGACGAAAACGCGGCAGGCACCGUGGACACCGACCACGGUAUCGUCUGCUUCGUCCCGCAAAAACAGUGAACCAAACGAGGCCUUCAAUGUGAUAUCUGCCACCGAAAUUCCCAACGAAGAAUUUGAAGAAUUGGAACCGCGCCCUUUGGACGAUUCGGAUGAGGAGUUUGAGAUUAUAGCCUAACCCUGGAAGGUACACACCCGGAAGCAGAAGUUUCAUUUCGUUCGUUCGCGAAGCAACGUGCGAUGAUCGCAGCUUCUUUUUGUAAACUUUUUUUUAAUGUGCUUUCACACCUCGGUCAUAGGGCUUCUUUUGGUCUCCCUGUUUGUCCCAUUUGCGUGUGCGCCGCCUUACGACGAAUCAAACGUGUGUUACUAUGGGUACGAGGAUGAAAAGCAUCCGGUCUACCGAUUACAGUGCGACUUAGCGUUGGAGCUGAAUGUUUGGUUACUUUGUUCUGUUUCGAUGGAUACUCACUUUAAUCGCUUGGGUUGGCGAUCAUUGGGACCCUCGUGCAAUGAAGAUCGUCGGAUUGCAAUCGAGUUGGAAUGUUCAAAGAGUGAAUAUGGAAUAAGGAUAAAAAAAUGAAACAGGAGUGCGAUUCUCUCUCUCUUUCUCCCUUUGAUCGUUGAAAAGGAACAUUUUGGAACAAUUUCAUUUGAAUAAAUCAUGCAUUAAUAUAAAAGCUUA